UUCCCGUUGGUAAUAGACUACGAUUUUAUCCGGUUAAGUUAUUCAACAUAAAGUUGUUUUCAAAGAUACCGAAAAUGAUACUCUUCGCUGGAGUAACGUGUGUGAUUGGCAUUGCUUUUGGUGCUGUGGUCGCUGGUGUUGAAGAGGAUGAUGCAACUGAGUCACAUACGGUGCCUGAAGAAGGAAACCUCACCAUCUCUAUUCAUAUUGAGAAAUUGACUGAAGACCCUCAGGUUUUGGUGACCCGUCUCAGAGGAGGCUCCUCGCAGGAACCGAUAGCUCAGAUGAUCUGUCAUAAAGGAGUCUGUGAACACCAGAGCUGGAGAUCUGGAGUUUCGCUGAUAUCAGAUACACAGAAUGUUACUCUGAUCCUGUUGAAUGUCAGCUUAAAUCAAACGGGGCUUUACAAGGUUCGCAAACAAAGCAACAAACGACUCGAAAACAAGAUUUACAACAUUACAGUUUAUUAUGAGCCUCAGCUCAGUACCAUCAUCCCAGAGAAAAUAGCUUCUGCUACGAACAGUGAAUUAACUUCAGGAAAAAGUGCAGCUGUAGGGAUCGCAGUUGUAGUGCUCUUCGCUUUAGUGGUCAUCAUUGGCGCUGUCAUUUACAGGAAACACAAAAAGGCAAAUUCUGACAAACUGCCCCAGGACAUGUUACUAGAUGACAUAUUAUUAGUGUAUUAUUGAAGCUCAUCCAGGACUAAGCUGAAUGGAAUAAAACGGGUCGACUAUAAGGAAUCAAAAUGUCAUUUCCCCUCACUGAGGAGUUUUACCACUGGUGCUGUUUUCCCAAGAGAUUCCAGGUGAAUCAGCUGUCUUUGAUCAAAUAUAAUUAUGGCUCCAAGCACUGAAGUCUGUCCACCAGGUGGAGCCAAAGGUUUAGAAAUCCUGUUUGAUCUAACAGUUUCGCAUCAGAAUGAAUGGCUAAAUUGAUUGCAAACAGUUAAUUUGUUUGUAGCACAACUGUACACUAACAAAAGCUCUUUUGGUAUUGUUAUAUUGUUAACAUUUCUGUAAAAGCACAUUUCAUUAAAGAAAUUUCUAAUUUUUAAUAGCAUUUAAAGCCAUAUAAGUAGCACAUUUUCCUGUCAAUCGCUUUAUUGCAGCUUUUGGGAUCUCUGAGUAUUAAGCUAAUUCUGUUUUUCUAUUUUCAUCAAAUUACCGUAUUUUUCGGACUAUAAGUCGCACCUGGGUAUAAGUCGCAUCAGUCCAAAACUACGUCAUGACGAGGAAAAAACAUAAGUCGCACUGGACUAUAAGUCGCAUUUAUUUAGAACCAAGAGAAAACAUUACCAUCUCCGGCCGCCAGAGGGUUAGCGUCCUCUUGUGACUAUAGACGGUAAUGUUUUCUCUUGGUUCAUGUCUCUUAGUUCAUUUCUCUUGGUUUAUGUCAAAUUAAUUUUGAUAAAUAAGUCGGACCUUCUCUAUAAGUCGCAGGACCAGCCAAACUAUGAAAAAAGUGUGAUUUAUAGUCCAGAAAAUACGGUAAUCUCCAGUUGAGAUUCAAGAUCUGAAAAACAAUUAUACCACUAAAUUAUUCAUAUUUGACCCUGGAGCACAAAGGCAGUCAUAAUUAUCACAGACAUAUUUAUAGCCAACAAUACACUGUGUGUCAAAAUGAUCAGAUUUUCUUUAAUGCCAAAAAUAAUUUGGAUAUUAAGUAAAGAUUCAGGUUUCGUGAAGAUGUUUUGUACAUUUCCUACCGUAAAUAUAUCAAAACUUAAUUUGAUUAAUAAAAUGCGUUGCUAUUAACUUGAUUUGGACAAGUUUAAAGAAAAUAUUUUGAAGAAGGUGGGUAUACAUGUACUUUCUUCAUAAAGUUUUUACUUGCAUUAUUCUUUCGUUCAUCAACUUUUUUGAUGUUUUUGCACCCUCAGAUUUCAGAUUUUCAAUCAGUUGUAUCUCGCCCAAAUACUGUCCGAUCCUAACAAACCAUACAUCAGUGGAAAGCUAUUUUAUUCAGCAGAUGAUGUAUAAUUUACAAUUUUAAAAAAACGGACCCUUAUGACGGGUUUUGUGCUCAAAGGUCACACAUAAGCUGUUGAGUUUGGACCAAGAUAAUCCUCACUUGAGGCUUUACUUAUUAUUGUUUCUGGUAUUGUAAUAUUUUGUAUUGUCUGUGCAUUCUGUUUGUAUUUAUUUUAUUGUUAUUUAAAAUAUAUUCAAGUUUUCUUAAAUGCUUUCCAUUCUGUUACUUCUAUGUGUGUUGGCUAAACUGAUUCUGGUGAUGGAACGACAGAAAGUAAACAUACACAGAGAAAAAAAGCACUUCUCACAGAAGAAAUGAACAGAUUCUGUAUUAGUGUCCCUAACUGUCAUUAGCUUUGAGUUGUGCUACUUAACUAAAUAAAAGUACAAUGUAAAAAAUUAUAAUAAUAAAAAAAUACAAAUACAAAUAUAACAUGUGCACAAACCAGUAAGUUAAGCAACUAUUUUUACCUUAAAUUACUUUAAUUUGUUUUUGUUGUCAAAUGAAAUAAUAUAUUAUUGCACACAAUAGACCACAUAGACAGAGAACUUCUAUUGUUUCAUAAUAGAAGUUUUUAUUUUCCAGAGUGCGUUUUCUAAACGAAGUCAAAAAAGUUUUAUAUUUGUGUAUAUAUUUUUAUUAAACAUUUUAACAGUGGGUGCAGGACACUAUAGUUAAUUUAUGUACUGUAAGUGAGGGAUAGAAAAAUAAAGUAAACUAUGAAACAUUAUACCCAAAUAUUCUACAGUGUUUUACACUUUUACCUGAGUGUGUUUUGUUACAUACUUUUCUCUCAAUUUUAUCUGAAAAUUGUGAUAAAAAAUAAACUGUGAGUUUACUUGUUAAC